AUGGGGAUGGAGAUUGUGGGCAUCGCGUUGGGGGCCAUCGGCUUCAUCAUCGCCAUCGUCACCUGCGCCUUACCCAUGUGGAGGGUCACCGCCUUCGUGGGAGCCAACAUUGUCACGGCCCAAACCAUCUGGGAAGGUCUGUGGAUGAACUGCGUGGUCCAGAGCACGGGGCAGAUGCAGUGCAAGGUCUACGACUCCAUGCUGGCCCUGUCCCAAGAGCUUCAAGCCUCCAGAGCCAUGCUCAUCGUCGCAAUCAUCUUGGGAAUCUUAGGAGUCAUGAUUUCCAUUGUGGGGGCCAAAUGCACCAACUGUAUUGAAGACGAGGCCUCCAAAGCUAAGGUUAUGAUCAUUUCUGGGAUUUUCUUUGUCUUGGGUGGACUCUUGGUGCUUAUUCCGGUGUCGUGGACGGCGAGCGUGACCAUUCAAGAUUUCUACAACCCGCUCUUGAUCAGUGCCCAGAAGAGAGAGCUGGGGGCCUCCCUGUACAUCGGCUGGGGUGCGGCUGCUUUGCUUCUAAUUGGAGGAGCCAUGUUGUGUAGCAGUUGUCCGCCCAAAGAGCAAAAGUACAAACCUCCCAGGAUGGCUUACUCUGCGCCCAGGAGCAGCGGAGGAUACGACCGCAAAGAUUACGUCUAG